CCCACGUGAUUUCCCGGAAAGUGCCGGUGCGAGUUUCGCUUCUCCCGGGGCUGCAGCGAGGCGGCGGGAUGGCGGCGCUGGCCGGGGCCGGGGCCGCGGCCGAGCCGGCGCUGGCGGCGCUGGAGGACGAGCUGACCUGCUCCAUCUGCCUCUGCCUCUUCAGCAGCCCCGUGACGGUGCCCUGCGGGCACAACUUCUGCGCCUCCUGCCUCGAGCUCACCUGGGCCGGGCUGGCGCGGGACUUCAGCUGCCCGCAGUGCCGGGCCAGCUUCGCCGGCCGCCCGGCGCUGCGCAAGAACACGGUGCUGUGCCGGGUGGUGGAGCAGCUCCAGGGCGGCUUGGCCGAGGCCGAGGGCAAGGGCAAGGGCGAGGCGGCGGCGGGGGGCUGCGGGGCGGCGGCGGGCCCCGUGCCCUGCGACAGCUGCCUGCAGGCGCCCGCCGCCAAGACCUGCCUCACCUGCAUGGCCUCCUUCUGCCUGGAGCACCUGCGGCCGCACCAGGACAGCCCGGCCUUCCGCGACCACCAGCUGUGCCUGCCGCUGCCGGACCUGCAGCAGAGGAAGUGCAGGGAGCACAACAAGCUCCUGGAGUUCUUCUGCAGGGAGCACGCCGCCUGCAUCUGCUCCACCUGCCUCCUGGGCCACAAGCUGUGCCACGCCAGCCCCCUGCGGCAGGCCAAAGAGGCGGCCGAGUCGGCGCUGAAGAAGAGACUGAUGGAGCUGCACAAUCAGAGCGAAAGUGCUGCUCGGGCAAUGACCGCUGUGAGGACAAACCAAAGCCAAGCUGCUGAGACAGCUUCCAGAAAACGAGAUUUGAUCAAAACUGAGUUUUCAGAAAUUAAAGCUUUAAUUGAAGAAGAAGAAAAUCGGAUCUUAAAAGUAAUUGUCGAUGAAGAAAAAAAAAUUUGCAAUAGGUGUGAUUAUAUUUUUGGUGUUCUGGGAAAAAAGAAGAAUGAAAUUCAGUCUAUCAGAGACCAGAUCGAGAUGGCACUAACUGAACAUGAUGACAUUCUGUUUUUAAAGAGAGCAGCUGCAUUGCAACAAACAUCAACAAAAGAUGCCUUCGCCCCCCCAAUUGAAAUGGACCAAAACUUGCUACAUUCCGCUUAUCAGUCUGCCAUUAACAUUAAAGAAACUGUGAAACUUUCGGUGACUCAAUCUAGGGAGAAAAAAGUAGAAGCAAAACCAUUUGGGAAAACUAAGCCUCCUCUAGCAGCUUCCCUAAACAGAGACAUUUCUGGAAAAAAGCCUCCUGGCCCACAGGCUACCUACAAAGAGAAAAUCCAUCACCAGACUCCAGCCACCUUGCAGGAGGAGGCAGACACCAAGGACAAAAAGAAACCUGUUAAACUUGCACCAAACACAGGAACACCGGAUGCUGCAUCUGCCGUUGCAGCAAAACAUGUUAUUGACAGCUUUCUGAAGAAAUCCAGAGAGGAGCUUUUGCAGUAUGCUGCUAAAAUCACACUGGAUUACAACACAGCUCAUAACAAAGUGGCUCUGUCCGACAGAUAUACCAAGAUGUCUGUCUCAGAAAUCCCUCUGAAUUACAGCGACCACCCUCAGCGCUUCACCUACUGCUCCCAAGUGCUGGGGUUCCAGUGCUUCAAGAGAGGCAUCCACUACUGGGAGGUGGAACUGCAGCAGAACAGCUUCUGCGGCAUUGGCAUCUGCUAUGGCAGCAUGGAGCGGCAGGGGCCAGAAAGCCGCCUGGGGAGAAACAGCAAUUCUUGGUGUGUUGAGUGGUUUAAUUCCAAAAUUUCAGCCUGGCAUAACGAUGUUGAAAAGUGCUUACCCAAUACAAAGGCUACCAGGAUUGGCGUGCUGCUGCACUGCGAUGGAGGGUUUGUGAUUUUCUUGGCUGUUGGGGAAAAGCAUAACUUGAUCUAUAAGUACAAAACCCAGUUUACUGAAGCACUGUAUCCUGCCUUCUGGGUAUUUUCCAGUGGCACUGUUCUCUCUAUCUGUCCACUGAAACCGUAAAGUCUCUUAUCUUAAUUUAGUCUGCCUGGGUAUUUGCCUGCAAAUAAUCACUCUUGUAGCAGCUCAUCUCUGUAGCUGUACGUGCUGUAGUAAUGGGUGCUUUGAAUUCAAGGAGAACUAUUAGCUUGCUGGGCACACAUGUAAAACUGCUCCAUUUCAGUUCUGGGAGGAGAAAGGAAAAAGGGACUUUCAGCCUUAACUUCUAGUUUCACAGCUGCACGCCGAAUGAAGAAAACAGGAAUUUUUGCAACAUGGUAAAGUUAGAAGAAAAGGGCUAUUUGGUUGUGUUGAUUUCCGCCCCCCCCCCCAAAUCUUUAGUAAGCUUUUAAUUUAAUUGCAAGUGGGAGGGGAACUUUCUUUCAAAUCCCAAAUAUCUUUAAUGCAUGCAAGGUAGCUUUUUUAAUAGCAAUUUUAAAAGAAGAAAUUUGAAAUAAUUCAAAGAGAAAUGACACUGUACAGAAUACUGUACAGAAUGGUGUUAUUCCUACCACAGUUAAUUCAAGCAGCCUCAAAGAUCCUCUGAGAGAGAAAAACUAUCAGCUCUUUUAUGCAGUUUGGGUAUCUUGAUUUUUUUAGUCUGAACUGCUAAAGCUUUUAGAUUGUGAUUUAGUAAACUGUUGAUGACAGUAAAACCUGAGGUAAAAGGGUUUGCAGAGACCUUGAUUGUCCUUCUGAAAGCAAAGUUAUGAUGACAUUAAAUAGCUUCAGUAGCUACUGUGUCUUCUGCAGUUCCCCAUAGAAGACUUCCAGAAGCCAUUUUCUGUUCCAGAUGUGUUGCACAGCAAGCAAUAACCCCUUUGAGAAAGAAAUAGGAGGAAUCCCUUGACAAAUUCAGGUUCCAGGCUUUGAGGUUGGUCUGUGUUGCCUUAUCUUUUUCUCUAUCCUCAGACUGUUGUGCGUAGCCAGGAUUUGAAAUACACGUUCUCAAUGUGUAACUACCUGAGAUGGUACAGAAUGAACUAUUGAAAUCAGUAAAUUCACAUCUUGCAACACUAACCUAUAAAAGCCAAUAUGACAAAUCUCAUCGGAACAGAAAUGCAGAGAGUCAAUGGAUAUGAAACCAUAUCACCAGCAAAUAAAUUACAUCUACUCAGAGUCUGGGAACACACAAAAGAAAAGCGUCCUCAGGAAGAUAUGUUGCAGAGUAGUAGUGUGUGCCCUGUGAUGGUAUACUCCUUGGGAUGAAGCAUUCUGUCCUGUUUUGAGCCAGAAUAUGCUUCACAUCUUCACAGUGAAGGCUCUUUAGUAUUUCUUUGUAUUGAGGAGUUCAGGGAGUAUAUCUGGGGCUUGCAUAGGAGCAUAAAUGUUUUGUUCACUUAAAGCAGGGUCUCCUGUCAUAAAGCUUUUCCUCUUUAUGAAGCAGGAUAUUCUCUGCAGACAUAUGUUUUGUUGCUCCGUAUAUAGAGACUGGAUUUCCUACAUUCUGGCCUUGCUACUGAGACUGUGGUUUCAAGAGUCUGAAAACAGCGUGCUCAGUAAAUGGAGAAUGUAGUUUGCUCUGUGCAUGAAGCCUGCAGCUGGACAAGUGAGUCUUCCAAAACAUACAGGGAAGUAGCACACAGGAGAACACACUUCCAUCCCCGCUGGAAUGGAUUUUUAUUUCUGGCGUUCUUUGCUUUGGGUUAUGGCAUGUUUUCACCAUGUACAGAGGAUUCUAUACUUCUGUAUUUAUUAAUUAAAGCUUUAAAACAAUCAGUAGGCAAUCGAGGUAUUUGGAUCUCAUACUUAUUGGGCCUGUAUCUUGUUCAUGCCUCUGGACUUACCAUGCUAGUUCUUAUUUCUUGGACUAGCCCAUGAAGAAUGGGGAAGCUGACAAGAGAAACUUACUGGACUUCGAUUAGUAAAGCUCCCCAUUACAGAACUUAGCAUACUUUGUGAAAUAAAAUGCAAGGCAGUUUGGAAGAGAGUUGUUAGAAUGCUCAAAAGAAUCUUUGUGAUAACAUUUCACAUUAGCUGAUGUGCUUUAGAGAAAGUCAGGACUUAUGGGAAUUCAGGCUUAGUGUCUUUAUUUUCACUUGGUUUGUAAACUCUUCAGCACAUUGUCAAAGAUAGCACAAGUCAGAUGAGAUGCUUCAGUUCUUUUGGCCAGAAUGGGAUUUGUCAUUGCAGUUGGACCUAAAAAUAGUGCAAUGUUGUCUUUGGAACAGCUGUGCCAUCUAAAGGGAUCCAGCUUUCCAAAGUGCAGUCAUUACUAAAACUAUCAAAUUAAGCAAAACACCUUGAAAGGUAAGGAAGGAAUGUGUGGGACUGUCGUCUUAGGAGCCAACAGUGAAUGCAAAACUUCACUCUGCUUUUGUUCUGUCUUUUGAGUAGAGAGAGAGGGGGGAUGCCAGGGCCAGAAGCCAGAUCUGUAACAGGACAAAGCCAUCAUGGCUACACUUGGGAGGUUCAGGUGCUGAUGAGAGUGAAGUUGUGGCAGUGUGGAGAUCCUGAAGAGGUAUAGCUCAUUGAACAUGCAGUAUGGAGGGAUUCCUUUCCAUGGCUGAGUUUCAGUAUCUCUGCUUCGUUGUCCAGGAGCUCUGAGAUAUUAAUCCCACCUCAAAGCCCCACUUCUCACUUGUUGGGUUUCAGGAACGCCUGCCCUGGGAGAGGCACUGGACAUGUUCUUGCCUUGUGUUAGUGGUGGUUGUUCUGGGGUCUCUCCUUCUCUCUGUACACUCUAAUUUGGUAAAACAGUCUGCCUUCUUGCAAGGCAUUUUCAAGUGGGCUUUUGUCUUUGGAAGUCCCAUACAGGUUUUGGGUGCUGAGGAUACUUGGCUCUACGGUGCUUUUUUGAUUUUUCACUUAGUAAGAGAUGGGCUCGAACUCUUAAGUCUUGACUUGUGAUCAGCUAUUUUGGUUGCUCUCUUUUUCUAUGAAGAGGCAUUCCAGUUGUUCCGCUGUGGGGGACAAGAGCAUUUAACCACCAGGACUUUAAAAUGUUCCUUGGGAGCAGUUUUCUCUGAGAAGAAAUGCUCCAUCUCUUUAGCUGCUUAGGUGUGCCAUAGGGCUGCAGAUUCACUCAGCAGUGUGCUGAAGGAGCACUCAGCCCCCUUUUCCAUGGGGAGAGAAGUGCUCUGGUGGUCUGUGCAGCAGAGGAAGUCUCCCUCUUCUAUCGAUUGCUCUUUGUCUUUCAAAGGGCUGUCAAUACUGACUGCUAAGCCUCAGUCUGAAGUGAUGCUCUAACGAAGGAAAGACAGUUGGACAACGUUGGAUUCUUUAAAUGUAACAUUGCUAUAUGACCUGCAAGACAUGUUCCGAAUUAUCACAGGCAGUGAAACAAGCCUGCCGCUAUAUUGGUGAUUCUCUUUGGUUUUGUUUUUUUUUUUGUGCUACAGAUGAUUACAAAUGGUAGACUGAGGGUCUGUUGAUUUGAAAUGAAGUGAGAAACGCAUAUUCAACUUGCUGCACUUCUGAAAACUGGUAUUUCAAUGAUUAGCUUCAGAUAUCUUGGAUACAUUAAAAAAUUGGGGCUGAUAUAUUAGAAUAAAAUAUUAGUUACAGCAUGAUAAAUAAUGGUUCAAAAGCCUCUUCACUGCAACUAAAGUGUAUUUACUCUUUCAGUAGUAAUGCCAAAGCUGUACUGGUUUUAGAUAAAAUGUAGAUAUGAGCAUGCUUCUCAAUUACACUUCUUUGUAAUACUGUAAAGAACGCAAGUUAUUCAGUCUAGAAAGAGAACUAAUUCUGGUGGUGUUAACGCCAUGAGGAUGUGAGAAGAUUUGUAUAUUAAUGUACAAGUGAGAGUAAUUGGAGAAACACCCACUAAAAAUACACUUAAUAUAUUAUAAUCCUCUGCUAUUCUAUUAAUCAAUAUAAUAGUAAAAUAUUGCAACUAGAAAAAUAAACACUCCUGGAAUUAUAGAGCUCUUGAUUGUACUAAGCCGUGUAGUACUUCAGGGUGGUAAUACCUAGGUGAAACAUAUAUAUGAAAUAGCAUGUAUCCUUGUCAGGGCAAUAGACAGAUUUUGUUAUCUGUUUUACAGUUGUGCCUAGAAGUUAUAAGUUGACUGAUUGUUUUUUUUUCCCCACUUGUCAACUGAAUGACUUGUGAUAUUUUGAAUUCAAUAAAAAUACACAGUAAACCCUAA